AUCUACCAACUGCAUUUGAAACACGAACAACUUAUACAACUGGCAACACUGCAGCACACUUGUCAGCUGAUUGCAAAACAUUGCGAACUGCUCGCCGUACCGAUCGAUUGCGCAAAGAUGAAACGCGACCCGUUACCGUUAUUGUGAGUUUUACGACCUUUUAAUUUACGGCUUUCGCUUCAGCACAAAUCCCACCCACACCACGCGCCCACGAUGUUGCUGUCGUCGAGCUCCACACGGGUUGCGGCACGGAUGGGCGUCAAGAUGCUUGCACGCGGCAUUGGCCAAACGGACCAUCACCACCGGCCGCUACUUCAACUGUGCUGCACUAGCAGAAGCAGUGCGGGUUCUACCGCACCGACGAGCCUGUUUUCAGCCACCAACACCACCACAACUACCACCUCCACGGUACGGGUCACCCAGGAAAGGUGGAUGCAGCGGUUCGAGUCGGAAAGCAUCCCCGAGCCGGAAACGUCCAUCGUCAACAUCAUUGCACACGUGCUCGACCUGUCCGGGCCGGGCGAGGUGGGCAACCAUCAAAACUCGGCACUGAACGAAGCGCAGAUGGCAAAAAUCGAACAGCUCUGCCAGUGCCGGCUGGCCCGAAUGCCCAUCCAGUACAUCGUGCGCGAGUGGGACUUUCGCGAUCUGACGCUGAAGAUGGUGCCGCCAGUGUUUAUACCGCGCCCGGAAACGGAGGAGCUCGUCGAGCUGAUACUGCAGCAGAUGGACACGCAGCGGGAAACGCUCUUUCUGGAGAUCGGAUGCGGUACGGGCGCAAUAAGUCUUUCACUCUUGAAGCAUGCCCCCAAGUCCUCUGCAAUCGCGAUCGACCAGAGCCGGUAUGCGUGUGAGUUGACGCGCGAGAACGCCGAAACGGUGGGCCUGCACGAACGGUUGCGUAUAUUCAAGCACAAAGUGGUGGACGAUCUGCCGGCGGAGCUGGGCGGGCAGCAGUUCGACAUGAUCGUUAGCAACCCGCCGUACGUGCCGUCGGUGCUCAUUCCCACGCUCGAUCCGGAGGUGAAGAUCUACGAGGAUCUGCGCGCGCUGGACGGCGGGAACGAUGGUUUGACUGUGAUAAAGGCCAUCCUGCGGAUAGCGGGUCGACAUCUCGCCAAAGAUGGCGUUCUGUGGCUGGAGGUGGACAGCACACAUCCACCGAUAAUAGAGGAGUUUCUCUCGAAGCACGGCGAACUGAUGGGAUUACGGUUUUUGGCAUCGUAUAAGGAUCUGUUUCAGAAGGAUCGCUUCGUGGAAAUUGCUAAGCUAUAGACGGGCGGGCGGGCAGGCGGGCCCGAAUGUGUUAGUUGAGCAUAAACAGGAACAUAGUGCAGAUAAUUGCAGUGUCAACAUGUCUGUUAAAUUAUACGUUUUCGAGUGGCAUGGUA